AUGUGUUCAGAUAAUAAAGAUCAAAUUUCCACAAAUCCUUCGGGAGAUGAACCUAUGGCUCAUAUUGGUAAAGGAUGUACUGCCCUUGAUGGUGUAGGUGUUGUUCCUUCAGAUACCACGCUAAGUAUUUAUGCAUAUAAUGUUGCUAAGGAUACUAUUGGUAGCGUGUUAGGAACUUAUCAAACGUCAACUACGACCGAAAAGGCUCAAGAUCAAAAAACUGAUAAAUAA